AUGCUGACCACCAUCGUCACUGCUGCCGGCAUCACCACCACGGCUCACUCCGUCACCACCAUCGUCACUGCUGCCGGCAUCACCACCACGGCUCACUCCGUCACCACCAUCGUCACUGCUGCCGGCAUCACCACCACGGCUCACUCCGUCACCACCAUCGUCACUGCUGCCGGCAUCACCACCACGGCUCACUCCGUCACCACCAUCGUCACUGCUGCCGGCAUCACCACCACGGCUCACUCCGUCACCACCAUCGUCACUGCUGCCGGCAUCACCACCACGGCUCACUCCGUCACCACCAUCGUCACUGCUGCCGGCAUCACCACCACGGCUCACUCCGUCACCACCAUCGUCACUGCUGCCGGCAUCACCACCACGGCUCACUCCGUCACCACCAUCGUCACUGCUGCCGGCAUCACCACCACGGCUCACUCCGUCACCACCAUCGUCACUGCUGCCGGCAUCACCACCACGGCUCACUCCGUCACCACCACCACCAUCACCAUCACCACCACCACCGACAUUGAGCCUAACAAACAUUUUAAUACAAAUGAGACUGCCGAUGAAAUAAACAAUGGAUCUAUCAAAAUCCCAACAGCGUAG